AGUGUCCUUCUUCAGAACACAGAUCAGUGGAGAUCUUCAUCAUGAAUACAGAUAGCGGAGGACAUGCUCAUAAAAGAGCAUCCCUGUCGCUCACUCUCUGGCCUGUGAAGAGGGUCCAGAGCGCACCCAACCUGUACACUGCUGCAGGUAGUGAUUCCCAGUCAUCAGAUUCAGAUGCCUGGCGUUCACGCAGUGUGUCUGAGGGGUUAAGGAAUGGAGAUGCCAGCAGCGCGUCCUUGACUGCUAAAGGCUUCCGCAGCGUUAAACCCAACCUACAGGAUAAGAAAUCUCCCACACCGGUCCCCUUGCCGCCCCCUCGGAGAGAGAGCUAUCACAUGACCCCUAACCCCCCAUCUUACAGUUCCCUUGCAAUGCUGUCAGACACCUCCCUCUCUUCCCCACAGAGUAAUGAUGUAAUUUCCUCAGGCUCUUACACCAUCCAAUCUAGUGCCACCUCCUCAUACUCACACUCUAAGACCACCCGGACCUCCACUAGCACCUCUGGAGCCCCCCUCGAGGAGCCCCCCUUUUCCCAACAGGCUAAUGCUAACAGUUUUAUCACUCGGGUUCUGGGGAACAAAUUGUCAUCUUCAGAAUUCUCAAGUGACCAACUAAAUGCAGCACCUAACAAGAUGAACAUGAUUAAAACUGAUCCAAAGUCUAAAACUAAGCCAAAAAGUACAUCUGCUUCCCCACCUCAAGACCCCACUGCUACUUCUGAAACACACGUAGCUUCUCUCUCCAUCCAGUUAGCUCCUCGCAGUCCAGAACCUCAAGCAGAGACCCAGUCAGGGCUUGAGACAAAAUCCAGGACAAACGCAGUGGACCCCGCUGACCCCAUGCGAGCCCCUGUUGUACCACCAAGACCAGCAAGCAGUUUGGUGCGUGAGUUUUCCCCUGUAAGAGGGAGCACCGGGCCGCUCUCUUCUGGACCACCCUCCCCGGAUCCUUCAGCUCGCCGGUCACCGUAUAGCCGGGCCAGUCAGGAUUCCCCUGACUUCCUGUCAGGGCUAUUGCCCAAAGCCCUGUCGCCGACACCCUAUGCCCCUCUGGAACGUUCAGGGCUAAUGUCGGCCUCACCUGUCCCGUCACCAGUAACCGUGUCAGCCCUGAGUCAUUAUUCAUCAUCCACACCUGGGCUGGAGGAGCUGCAGAUCUGCGGCAUGGACUCCUCCCCCGCAGGCACACCCACCCCAUCCCCCACACUCAGCCACGCCUCCAAUGCCCCUGACGAGCUUCCUGCCGCCCCGUCAGCUGCCACAGGCACUAACGGUCAGAUGGCAGUGAAUGGAAGCUCUCAAUCUCAGAGGCCCUUCUCUCCGCCUGUGUACCCACCUCCACCCCCAACCCUCAGCCCAGGCCUGGUAAAGAUCCAGCAAGGUCGUAGUUCAGAGGGUUCAGAGACGGUGAAGAGGGAGACCGUUGUCUCUGGUCAGACAGUGGUCAGUAGCUCUGUGCCCAUCGCUCGUUUCUCAGAGGAAGAGAAGAAGGUGUCCAUCAUAAAAGCGCCCCAUUACGAAGGCAUUGGACCAGUGGAUGAGUCAGGCAUUCCCAUCGCCAUCCGAACGACUGUGGACAGACCCAAGGACUGGUACAAGACCAUGUUCAAACAGAUCCACAUGGUUCAUAAAGCAGAUGAUGACUAUGCAGACACAUAUAAUGCAACAUACGCUGUCAUAAACAAUGAAAAUUACCCUCCUGUCCAUGCCCACCCGCCCCCUCAAACGCACACCUACCGGCCUCUCUCUAGAAAUACCUCAGACAUGCCAGACGGUGCCGUCCACCGGGAGCUCUUGCCAUCUCCCGUGCCCCCUCCACCCCCUCCGAUGCCCUCUCUCCUCCAGCUCCGCUCACGAGACAUGGACAGAGAGAAAGAGUUCUCACACGACCCAAAUGAGUGGGAUCCUCCAGAUCGAAAAGUGGACACACGUAAAUACCGAGCGGAACCACGGAGCAUCUUUGAAUAUGAGCCUGGCAAAUCCUCCAUCCUUGAGCAAGAAAGGCCUAUGUUUGAUUUAAACCCAGAUGACAUAGAUUUAGAGAAUGAGCCUUGGUUUAAAUUCUUUUCCGAGUUGGAGUUUGGACGCCCGCCUCCUAAAAAGAGGUUGGAUUAUAAUCCUGACUACUCCACACAUGCUGUGGCACAGUCAUCCCUCUAUCUCUCACCUUCCGAACGACCUGACGGGACUUCAAGUUCUGCAAGUGACUACAGGAAAAGGCGAAAGUCGGAACCAUCUGUCACUCAAGCCAACACAGGAAGUGAGCAGAAUGCCAGUCAAGUAUUUUCCCGCCCACUGGACUCCAAUAAAGCACAGACACUGACGAAGCCCACCAUACGUUCCUCGCCCUCCUCACCAUCCAGACCCAAAGCUGGAGACGCUAGUGAGUCGCUCUCCUCCUGUAUGAGCUCUCCAGGUAUGGAGCGCCCUUCCUCUCGUCUCUCCUCAGACUCCCUCACUAUCUCCACACCAACCUGGCGUGGCUCCAAGCGCUCCAUCUGCUUCAAGAACGGUUGGCAGACAGGCCGACAUGAAGCUGCAGAGACUUGGAGUAGCGUUGACGAUGAAUCUGUCAUCACUCCUUCAUCACCACGGCUCAAAUCACGCAGCUGUGAUGAUCUGUUGUCUGACGGACAUGGUGCUAAUAAUGACGGGAGAGCGUCCACUUCUGUGACUACCACUCGCUCUGAAAGUGCAGGUUCAUUGCUUGAUGAAGACGCUCCACAGAAGCCUCAAGUAAAAAGUCUUACCUCAUCUCCCAGGGGGCGCCGACAUCACCGGCGUAAGAUGCCACACGAUGCUCCGGGUUUCCUUCAGCUCUACAAGAAAAUGCACCACAUAGACCGAGAGCAGCUAUUGCCCUCAGAGGUGAUUCGUUCUGUACGUGCACGAAUCCUUGAGCUGGAACGGCUGCAACAACAACAGAGGCACAACCUCCAUGGUUGGGCAACUUUCGGUAAUGAGGUACCACGACACAUGGUCCCAAACCGUAUAUCGGUAUAUGAACAGCUCAUCCAGAAAUCCAAGUCCAUGCCAGACCUUGGUGAUGAAAAUGCCCCAUCAGGCACCACCACACCAGGGUCCUCGAGAGCCAGCAGCUGUCCCAAACGACGCUUUUCUGUGGAAUCACUUUUGGAGGAGGAAGAUCCUCCAGAAAGGGCUCGAAGUCCCCCUGAGGGACAGCCAAGACCGGGACCAGACAGCAGUAGCCUGGUGCCAAUUCAUGGGAAGAACCAGAGGCAGCAUCAAGACUACUCAGACAGUGAGCAGGACGCCUGUGCCUCCGAAAUGAGUGACAUCCACAUAGAAGGGUCUUCACUGUGUAGCGAGAGCGACCUGGAUCAUUGCUCACUUACCUCAUCGGAAAGCUUCUUUGGUUCUGGGCGACAUCACCAUCAUGGUCACCAUCAUCAUGGACACCGUUACCACCGCCACCAUCACCUACACCAGAGUGUGGGUCAGAGUCAAGGUUACCAACACCGCCACCUCAUCAGCUCCUGUAAGGGUCACUGCCCAGCAUCCUAUACACGAUUCACCACCAUGCUAAAACACGAGCGACAACAGGAAAGGGCUCGGCAGGAGUCCCACCCUGCCGUUACAUCUCCACUAGCCCAACAGUCACCCAGUGAGUCAGGCCUUUCCAAACUGGCCUUUCUGGUCAGCCCUGUGCCUUUCCGCCGGAAACGAGGCUCCCCGCCGACCCAACGGCGACACUGCAGAAGCGGUCGGCCGAAAUCCAAAACCGCAAUUUAUGAAGCUUUAGAUGCCGCUUUGCAGGACAUUUAUGACCAUAUAAGGGCGGAAAGGGGGCAGGGACCAGCAAGGAUGCCAGAUGAUAGCAUAUUACGGCGGUUAUUGGAGGAGUUGCUACCAGACGUGCCCAAGCGUAGCUCCUCCUUGCGGGCUCAGAGAGGGUCUGGCUCCCCCUCCUCGCUCCAUGUCCACCAGCCUUACCAUGGAGCCCACCAAUGUGCCUCCUACCAGCAGCAACACCACCAUACAGACGCCUCCAACAACAACCAGCAUAAUGCUAAUGCUAAUGUGCACUGCUACUCAGAUCAGGGCUCUGAUACAGGACGUCUCACACCACAAAUCAGAAGACCCACGCCAGAAAGAGAGGUAUCCUCUAAGCAGAUGACCUAUCUUAUAUUGUCUUCUCUCCUCCAUCAGAAACAGUCUGCCAGGGCUAUUUAUGAUUUUAAAGCUCAGUCUGCCAAGGAAAUUUCCUUUAAGAAAGGUGAUGCUGUCAACAUCAUCAGACAGAUUGACAGUAACUGGUAUGAGGGGGAACACAGAGGACGGAUUGGGAUUUUCCCCAUCUCUUAUGUUGAGAAGGUGGCGUCUCCAGAGCGGAGGCAGCCUGUCAGGCCUCCUCCUCCGGCUCAAGUUCAAGAGAUGGGAGAGGCAAUAGCACGAUACAACUUCAAUGCUGACACUAACGUGGAGCUUUCUCUUAGAAAGGGGGAGCGAGUGAUCCUUCUAAGGAAGGUGGAUCAGAAUUGGUAUGAAGGAAAGAUUCCUGGUUCGAACAAGCAGGGCAUUUUCCCAGUGUCCUAUGUCGAUGUGAUCAAGGGCUCUCCUUCCAAGAGCCCCAGUCACCAAGGAGACACGCACACAUACAGGGCACAUAAGAAAAUUACGCAGGAUUCUCAGCAUUCAGGUGGUGACCCCUUCCAAGCUGUGUACAACUAUGUGUCUCGUAAUGGGGAUGAGCUGGAGCUGAAGGAGGGGGACGUUAUUGAUGUUAUCGAGAAAUGUGAUGAUGGCUGGUUUGUGGGUACUUCUCGGAGAACCAGGUUAUUUGGAACGUUCCCAGGAAACUAUGUUAAACCGCUUUAACAAAAAGGAAAAAAUGGCACAAAUAUGGCCACUCAAGUGCCUACUGUGUAGGGCCAACAAGGCACUUCACCUUUGAGAAAGUGUGUGUGUCCAUAUGUGUGAGUGUGUUCACAACCACAACCGUUUUAGCUCUGUCAUGUCCACACAGACAAACCACUGAAGUUUAUUUCACUUUGAGCUCUUUGUUUUUGUGCCAUCACAGAGUCUCCUUGCUGUUCCUUCAUCUGCUAUUCUGACAACAGCACAUUCAUUAAUGUUUUUCCUGUUAUAUUGACAUUUAGUUAUUUUCCAGGAUGCACUAGCUCAGUGUUAGUAUGGUGAGGAUUCAGGCAGUAGAUCAGUAUAAAUGGUAGACACAUGGAAAAGUGUGUCUGAGAAGAAACCUCAGGCAUCAGUGUUCAACUGAGUGUGUGUAUGUGUGUAUUAAACAAUACAAAGUUAAUAGCAAUAGAGACCACUGGUUAUCGAUGAGGAUGGAUAGUUUUAUUAAAAUGAGCUAAAGGUGAAAUCAUGGACAGUUAUGAAAUUGCUCAUUCCCCGUGUGGCCAAAAUAAAUAUGUGAUAAGAACAGAUGUGUUUAAA